CUGGUUCCAAUCCAAAGGAGUGUCUUUCAAACGCAUCUGUGUUCGGCUUAGUUUGCGGUCAAGGUGGGAGUGCAAAAGUUGGUCAUGUUGACCCAAAGUUACUUUUGAAAAUAAUUGGAUAUUCUCUUUUGUACCUUUUGGAUACUUCCCUUGACCCCACUUGUUCAAAGCAUGUUGUGGAUAAGAACUCCUAUACUGGAAGGUCAUUCAGUUUCUUGGGUUUGCCUAUUAACAAAACGGUUUUCUGGGUCCAGCCAGGCUCAAAGGGAUUAACAUCCUUCGUCUUCUUCUUCUAUGGGGGUUUUAGUAGGGAAAUCGUUUAUUCGGCCAUUAUUGCCAACGAUUUCUUCGUUCCUUAA